UCGGCCGCCGUGCGCCUGGCCGUGUCGGCCGUGUACUCCGUGGUGUGCGCGCUGGGGCUGGUGGGCAACGCGCUGGUGCUGCACCUGAUGCGCGGCAAGCGGGGCUGGCGCAAGUCCUCCAUGAACCUCUUCGUCACCAGCCUGGCCGCCACCGACCUGCAGUUCGUGCUGACGCUGCCCUUCUGGGCCGUGGAGAACGCGCUGGACUUCACCUGGCUCUUCGGGCGCGUCAUGUGCAAGGUGGUGUCAUAUGUGACGGCCAUGAACAUGUACGCCAGCGUCUUCUUCCUCACCGCCAUGAGCGUGGCCCGCUACCGCGCUGUGGCAUCGGUGCUCAAGAGCCAGCCCAGGGGCGGCUGUGGCUGGGGGCGGGGGGGGCUCUGUGCCCUCAUCUGGGCUCUGGCCGUGGUGGCCGCGCUGCCCCAUGCCAUUUUCUCCACCACUGCCAACGUCUUUGGCGAGGAGCUCUGCCUGCUGCGCUUCCCCGACAGCCCCAGCGCGCGCGUGCAGCUCUGGCUGGGGCUCUACCAGGUGCAGAAGGUGCUGCUGGGCUUUGUGGUGCCUCUGGGCGUGAUCAGCCUGUGCUACGCGCGCCUGGUGCUCUUCCUCCGCGGCCGCCACGCGAGCCAGCGCCGCUCAGCCAAGGUGACGCGCUCGGUGAGCGUGGUGGUGCUCAGCUUCUUCGUGUGCUGGCUGCCCAACCAGGCGCUCACGGCCUGGGGCGUCCUGGUCAAGCUGAACGCCGUGCCCUUCGGGCCUGCCUACUUCCUGUCGCAGGCCUACCUCUUCCCCGUCAGCGUGUGCCUGGCACACUGCAACAGCUGCCUCAACCCCGUGCUCUACUGCCUCAUGCGGCGCGAGUUUCGCCAGGCCCUCAAGAGCCUGCUGUGGCGCCUCGCCUCGCCCUCGCUCACCUCCAUGCGCCCCUUCACCCUCAGCACCAAGCCCGAGCCCGACGAGCAGGCCCUACCUGCCCUGGUGCCCCUGCCUGCUGCUGCUGCUCCGCUGCCUCCCACCACCCCAUCUGAGCUGCUCUACUACCCGCCUGGCGUGGUGGUCUACAGCGGCCGUUGUGACCUGCUGCCCGCUGGCCCCAGUGAGCAGCGCUGCUGA